UCCUCCAGGGUAUGUAACCUGGAGACCCUCGCUUCCAUGCAUCCCGGAACCAUCAUUUUCACUCUUGGAUCUUUCUUAGGGAAAGCUUGGACCACUGAAAGUCAGAGAAGGCACAAACUGCCUUCCCGGCAGCUGAAGAGUCUCCAGCAAUUUAAAAGAAGAUAAAGGGACUCUGUGCUCCUCCUGGACAGAAGAUGUCCAUCUCAAGAGACCAGGCACAAGCUAUCUCCUGCCUGACGUUUCUUCCUCCUCGCUGCCUUAAAGCGGUCUGCUUGCAGCAUGUUGGUCAGGAUCGGCCCCAGCCAGUUUUCGGAACAGCAUCUUCUCACCGUGGAGGACUCGGGCCAGGAGUAUCCCACCCGGAAGUCACCCCCAGCUCCAUUCAUGCCUGAAGGACCCUCCGCGUCCCCUGAGCCAGACCUUCUACUGCCCGCCAAUGCCACCAACGCCACGGACUGCGGGGAGGAUAUACUGCUGUACGGGGACACUGAGAAGGUCAUUAUUGGGACGGUCCUCUCGGCCAUCACUCUGCUGACCAUUGCGGGCAACAGCUUGGUCGUCAUCUCCGUAUGCAUCGUCAAAAAGCUCCGCCAGCCGUCCAACUACCUGGUGGUCUCCUUGGCUGCGGCUGACUUGUCUGUGGCCUUUGCCGUCAUGCCCUUCGUCAUCAUCACCGACCUGGUGGGAGGGGAAUGGCUCUUUGGGGAGGUCUUCUGCAACGUCUUCAUUGCCAUGGACGUCAUGUGCUGCACGGCUUCCAUCAUGACGCUCUGCGUCAUCAGCGUGGACCGAUACCUGGGAAUAACCCGGCCGCUGACGUAUCCCGUGAGGCAAGACGGGAAGCUGAUGGCCAAGAUGGUGUUCAUCGUUUGGCUCCUCUCGGCCUCCAUCACUCUGCCCCCUCUGUUUGGCUGGGCCAAGAACAUCACCGUGGAACGGGUGUGCCUCAUCAGCCAGGACUUUGGCUACACCGUCUACUCCACCGGCGUCGCCUUCUACAUACCCAUGGCUGUCAUGCUCGUGAUGUACAACAGGAUCUACAAGGCAGCCAAGGCCAGUGCUCAGAAACACCGCUUCAUGGACUUCCCCAGGCCUUACGAGCCAGACGGAGCCUACUGCAUCGAGCCUGGCGUCCGGCGCCAGCAUAGCACCAAGAGGAGCAAGGCCGUGGAGCAAUGCGCCACCUUGUCCAAACUCCUCCGCCAAGACCGGAAGAACAUCUCCAUCUUCAAGAGGGAGCAGAAAGCAGCCAGGACCCUGGGCAUCAUUGUGGGGGCCUUCACUUUUUGUUGGCUCCCCUUCUUCCUGAUGUCAACGGCCCGGCCGUUCAUCUGCGGCAGCCGCUGCAGCUGCAUCCCUCUGAGGCUGGAGAGGACUCUCCUCUGGCUGGGCUACGCCAACUCCCUCAUCAACCCCUUGAUCUACGCCCUCUUCAACCGGGACCUGAGGACUACUUUCUGGAACCUGCUCCGCUGCAGCUACCGCAACAUCAACCGCAGGCUGUCCGCCGCAAGCAUGCACGAGGCCCUGAAAGCCACAGAGAAACACGAGGGCAUCAUCUAAGGCUGCGGGACCAUGCGG